UGCGUUAGAGGCGCGUGCUCGCGACCGCGGGGGGCAACGGGAUUGAUAGGGAUGUUUCCAUCAUGGCGGCAUCCAUUUCAGGUUAUACUUUUAGUUCUGUCUGUUAUCACAGCGCUAACAGCAACUCAGAUCAUGAGGGCUUCCUGUUAGGAGACGUAAGGCAAGAAGAGACUGUCAGCAUUAGUGAUACACAGAUCAGCACUGCAGAAUUGCUCCAAAUAGUAGAAAUUCAUAACCAUGAUCCUUGUGCACAGUUGUUUAGCUUUUAUGACUACGCAGGCAAAGUCAGUGAAGAAAAUCUCAACAGCAUUCUUAAAGAUAGGCGGAAAAAAGUCAUUGGUUGGUACCGGUUUCGAAGGAACACACAGCAGCAGAUGUCUUUCAGGGAACAGAUCAUCCACAAACAGUUGACCCAGCUGCUUGGGGUGCCCGAUCUAGUCUUCCUUCUUUUCAGCUUCAUCUCCACUGCCAACAGUUCCACACAUGCAUUGGAGUAUGUGCUCUUUAGACCUAACCGCAGUAGGUAUAACCAGAGAAUCACCCUCUCAAUCCCGAAUCUUGGCAACACUAGCCAGCAAGAAUACAAAAUCUCCUCGGUGCCGAACACCUCACUAAACUACGCCAAGGUCGUCAAAGAACAUGGGGCUGAAUUCUUUGAUAAAGAUGGUGUUAUGAAGGAUAUUCGAACAAUUUUCCAAGUCUACAGUGCACUGCAAGAUAAAGUGCAAGCUGUGUGUGUCGAAGUAGAACAAAGUGAACGCGUGAAGGAGAAAUUUCAAGAGGAUGUGAACAAACUUAAACAACAAAUCGCUCUCAGGAAACGCAAGACGGCAGAGGAGAAGAGGCUACGUGAAGUGCAAAAUGCAGACUCCCGGUCCACUCCAGAGGAGAACACAGAACCUCCUGAGGCUUCCCUUCUGUCCAGGAUAACUUUCCACGCACCCUCUGCUCCAGAGCGGCCCAGUACCUCACCUAACCCACCGUCUUAUACUGACCUCUUGUCCCAGGAUGACUCUCUGCUUUCCUCUUCUUCCCCACCAACCAGUGCUGCUCUACUGCCCCGGCCCCAAGCUGUUGGCUCUCCAGGGCACCCAACCCCUGGUCCACUGGGAAUGGGCUUAGCCAUGGGCCUGGGCCUGAGCUUGGGCACCAGCCCUAAUCCUGUUACCACUCCUAGCACUCCGUACCUUGGCAAUGGUGAUGGAUCGAGUUCUGACUCAUUAGACAGACAAGCUGCAGGGCAGGAAGAUGAUGAUGAUGAUGAAGAUGAUGAGGAUGAUGAUGAAGAAGAUGAGGAUAGUAGUGAAUAUGAAAACCUAGUGAGUGAAACUACUCAUCUGCAAAUGGUCUCUGCCAGCGUUUUAGUUCCAGGCCGACCAGCUGCCCUCAGUCCUGAUGGGGAUGCUCGUGGAUCACAGACCACAUAGAAACCUGACACAUUGUGUGUAAAGGCCCUAAACAAGAGACACACUUUAAUGGGUGGACGAUUUAAACAAUCAAAGAUAGACAAAAGAAGUGCCAGUCCUGAAAGUGAAAGGCAUGGGCAGAUGGUGUCCCACUGUGUGUAUUUCUUCUUGUCUUAGUUUGAUCUCCAUUUUAAGGGGACACGUUGCUAGGCUCUGCAGACAUAGCGGGUAUGUCUUGCUGGUGGUGAAAGUUUUUGUUUUUUGUUUGUUUGUUUUCUUUAGGUUUUUUUUCUUAUUUGAACUGGGUCUGUCCAAGCCCUUAAUUGUGGAUCUGUCUGGUUUCUGGUAUGGAUGUGGGUAUUAAAUCACACUUUAUGCCAUUUGACUGGUUGGCGUCAUGUAAGACUGGCCCUAAUCUACGCUUUCUUUUUACAUUAUCAACUUUGAGCUCCCACACUUUGCAUUGCUGUAUCUCUUGCACUACCUUUUUUUGCUUUAUUUUAAACAAACUAUCAAAGAAAAACAAAUGUAAAUUAUCGUGCAGCCUUCAAACAGUUCUUUAAAACUAGGCAAAAUAUUUUUGCAAACUAUUUUUAAUUUGAAGAAGUAUAUACACGCACGCUGUGUAAUAAGAAUUUCAUGCAUAUGUCUCUCAUUUACUUUGAGUUACCCUCAUUUUUCAGUUUUUAAUUAAUCGUACGAGCUGCCUAAUUAGAUGAAGAUAGAUAAAUUUGCUCUGCCACUUCUAUAAUGGGUGCUUUAUAUAUGCAUACAUACCUAUAUUAAUAUAUAUAUUUUGUCAUAUUUAAUAAUAGAUGAUCUCAUUUGGUUGACAAGAAUGUCAAAGUCCAGUCUGUUUUGGAUAUCACUGAAACUGUAUGCGCUUUGCUGCACUUAACAAAUUGAAGUUUUCUUUAUUGCUCUACACCAAUGUUGUCAUGUUGUGCCACUUGAGUAAUCGUAUAUGACCACCCUGAGCCAAGCUCAACUUUUGUGCGUUGUACGGGGUUUCACAGGGCAAACACAAUGUACUGUAGCUUUAUUAACAAGAUGCUUAUGGUUCCCUUCUGCUGCUGCAACACAGAGCUACUACAAAAACUGCACCUGUCUGUUCUUCAUAUAAAACCUGGCUGCUACUUACACUUCACAGUGCUGGCUGUCUCUAAUACUACUGAGCAUGAUCAUAUAACCACUUCAAGUUCACGUUUCUCUAUUAAAGUCAUAAUGGAAGGCUGACAGCCCCUGUAGUGUGUGAAUUGUAACCUUAGGAACAGAGAGUGAGCGAUCACCUUCCUGUCACAGCAAAGUUGACAGCAGACCUCAAGUAUUCUGACCUGGUUGGGUCGAUGUUAUGUGUUUGGACCUGGAUAAUGUGAUGAAAACAUCAUGACCUUGCUUCAGUAUACAGUGCCUUCCACUCAGGGCAGUUUCUAUCUGCACACAGAACACAUUCACACAUCUUUUCGAAGGGUACAGUUAUGUGUUGUUUGCAAUAAUCAGCUACAUGCUAAGUUACAUGUCUCCCAUUCCAGAUUGUUCUUUGUCUAUCUGAAAAGAUGUUUAUUGUGUCCUAAAUUACACUUUGCUUGCUUCAUUAUUUAAACUGGACAGUUUAACUGUAAAUCAGUGACAAUGUGUGUAAUUAUCAAAUAUCCAGCAAGGUAAAGUUGGUAUAGUGGCAACGACUCACAUACAUGUUUUUUCAACACAUGGCCCAUUUGGUAAAGACUAAACUUCACUGAGUAAUGAAGUAUGGAUUUAUUAGGUGGUGUAGGACCCCACUGUACAUGAACCAGUCAUUACACAGCUAAGUCGAGCAUGGAUAGACAUUUGCACUGCACAAGAAGGGUGUCUAAAAUAUUGACCAGCAGGGUGCACUGCAUUUGGAAAUGAAGAAUGUGAUGAGACAAGAUUUGCCUUGUGAACAAGCUCAGCUUUAUUCACACAAUCUGUUUGUAUGUUGUGUUCUUUUGCCUUAGGGCCACUUAAUUUGCCCUGUUUUGUAAUGCCAAUGCAUCACUUGUCAGGAUCUGGCACUCCAAAUAAUCAACCAGGGUAACACAAUCAAAAUGGUAGAAGUGAUCAAACCAGUUUGUAGGUAGUAUGGUUUCCAUUGAGUACUGGAAAAUUAUAUGAAUAUAAAUAAUGAAUGUAUAGUAAGCAAGGGGUGGGGUAGCAUUUAAACAGCACUUCCUGUACAAGCUUGUCUCAGCUGAGUGUUAUGGUGGUAUAGAACAGCAGUUUUUAAUGCUAGUCCCCACUUUUAGAUGAUUGCUUUUAUUGCUUUCUAGCAUGUCCAGGUGUAAUCCUGACCUCUUAAUAGCCAAAAUGAAAAAGGCAGCAGAGUUCUAGUGAAUAAAAACUAACAUUGGUAACAUCCUAUACCUUUCAACUUCUACAAAUAUACUGUAUUAACUGUAUGUUGGUAGUUCACUCCUCUCCUCUUGGUGUGGGCCAUAGCAACAUGAACACCUCCCUGAAGCACAAAGUACAGUGCUCAGCAUAGAUCUUCUCAGCUUUUAUCUGGAUUCGGUGUACUUGGCUUAAAUAGACCAAGGACUUGCUUGGACAAGCGUAGAUAAUAUGGUUAUUAAGGGGGAAAUAAAUGCGAUAUGCAUAUGUCAUA